AUGGGAGCCGAUUCCGGUGCCAAUAUAUACGAUGCCGCUCUUCGUCGUCGCCAGGCUCUCAUGGGAGCGAGCGGUCCGCUGGCCCUUGUCGAGAACCGAAGGGUAUUUCUGAUUGCGGCGUUUGCAACCAUAGGCGGUGUAUUGUACGGCUAUAACCAGGGCAUGUUUUCUGGUGUUUUGGCCAUGCCGUCGUUUCAGUCUCACAUGGGUGAAUAUGACCCUAUUGAUCCUAAUGCCGACCAGACCAAGAAGGGGUGGUUGACUUCGAUUCUGGAACUUGGCGCUUGGUUGGGGACAUUGCUGUCUGGGUUCCUGGCUGAAGCUAUUUCUCGAAAAUACGGUAUCCUUGUUGCUGUGGUGGUGUUUGUGCUGGGUGUUGUUAUCCAAGCUACUGCUAUGAGUGCGGGAUACCAGGCCAUUCUUGCUGGCCGCUUCAUCACUGGAAUGGGCGUCGGGAGCUUGUCCAUGAUUGUGCCGAUUUACAACUCGGAAUGCGCACCUCCCGAGGUCCGUGGUGCUCUCGUUGCGCUUCAACAACUUGCCAUUUGCUUUGGCAUCAUGAUCAGUUUCUGGAUAGACUAUGGCACAAACUACAUCGGCGGAACGACACUCGAGACACAAAGCAACGCAUCUUGGCUUGUCCCUGUCUGUCUGCAAAUCGGACCGGCGCUCAUCCUUUUCGCAGGCAUGCUCUUCAUGCCUUUCUCGCCUCGCUGGCUCGUUCACCAUAACCGCGAGGAUGAGGCGCGGAGAGUGCUUGCGAAUUUACGUGGUCUCCCGCAAAAUCACGAGCUGGUUGAGCUCGAGUUUCUCGAGAUCAAGGCGCAAUCAUUGUUCGAGAAGAGAACCGUGGCAGAACACUUUCCGCACUUGCAGGAACAAACGGCUUGGAAUACCUUCAAGUUGCAGUUUGUGGCCAUCAAGUCGCUGUUCCAGAGCAGGGGCAUGUUUAAGCGAGUUGUGGUGGCCACAGUGACCAUGUUCUUCCAGCAAUGGACCGGUAUUAAUGCCGUGCUGUACUAUGCGCCCACCAUCUUCAAACAGCUGGGUCUUAGUAGUAAUACAACCUCUCUGCUGGCCACGGGCGUGGUCGGCAUCGUCAUGCUCAUCGCGACAAUCCCUUCCGUGCUAUGGAUCGAUCGAAUUGGCCGAAAACCGAUGCUUACAAUUGGGGCGUUGGGAAUGGGGGCCUGCCACAUCAUCAUUGCUGGUAUCUUUGGCAAGUAUAGCAAUGAUUUCCCAGACAACCCUGCUGCUGGCUGGGCUGCUGUCGCCAUGGUCUGGCUUUUCGUCAUUCAUUUUGGUUACUCCUGGGGUCCUUGUGCGUGGAUUAUCGUGGCAGAAAUUUGGCCAUUGUCCUCUCGACCAUAUGGUGUUUCGUUGGGGGCUUCCAGCAAUUGGAUGAACAACUUCAUUGUUGGUCAGGUUACACCUGAUAUGCUUUCAAAAAUUACGUACGGCACCUAUAUUCUCUUUGGCAUCCUCACCUUUAUGGGCGCUGGGUUCAUCUGGUUCUUUGUCCCGGAGACAAAGCGCCUUACGCUGGAAGAAAUGGAUGUUGUGUUUGGUUCCGAGGGCACAGCUCAGGCCGACUUUGAGAGAAUGGAAGAGAUCAAUCGUGAAAUUGGCCUUGUUGCUGUGAUAAAUGAUUCGGCUUCGGGGACGUUGGAUGCAAAGGAUAUGGUGGCGGAAAAAGGCGAUGACUAA